AUAUGUAUGUCUAAACAGUGCUCUUCGCACGCAAUUCGCAAUAAUCCCAACUUUGUCCACAGCACAACCCCUUGCAGCAUUUGCAUGCACGAUCUUCCUAAAAAUCAACAAACGACGCCAUUUUUCAAAAUUCCUCCUUCUCUGUUGUGAAACCCUAAUUUGAAUCUGAAAUUUUCAAUUGAAAAUGUCGUGGUUGAGAUCAGCCAUGAAUAAAGCGGUGGAGGUUGGGAAUAACAACCUCACACGCACCGUUAAGAACUACGCGGACUCUGUCGUUCAACAUGCCGGUCACGCAGUUGCCGAGGGCGCUAAAAUCUUACAGGAUCGCAUUGGGAAUAGGAACUUCAAAAGCUUUAAACAGACGGUCCAAAGAUUGGAAGAGGCUUCUAUUUCUUGCAAGGGACCAGAGAGAGUUCAGUUGAUGAAAAGGUGGUUAGCUGCACUUAAAGCAAUUGAUAACAUGUCUGAGGUUUCUGUUGAAGAUAAAGAGAAGAACAAUGAGCAGCAGCAUCCUUCUGAGGAACCAAGAAAACAAUCACUGGUUCUCUAUUAUGAUUCUGAGAUGGGCAGUGAGCCACUGAACUUUCGUGAUGUCUUUCUUUACAGUAAAGCUUUGGAGGGCAUAUCAAUUUGUAUGAUUCUUGAAGCACCAAAUGAAGAGGAAAUCUCUCUCCUCCUUGAAUUAUUUGGACUCUGUCUCACUGGAGGAAAAGCGGUUCACAAUGCAAUAGUCAGCAGCAUCCAGGAUCUGUCAAAAGCUUUCUCAAGCUACAAAGAUGAAGUAUUGGUAAAACGAGAGGAGCUAUUGCAGUUUGCAGAAAGUGCCAUCACAGGGUUGAAAAUUAACGCAGAUCUCGGAAGAAUUGAUGCUGAAGUCUCCACAUUGAAUAAACAACUUGAAGAAAUAAAAACGGUAAAGGAUGCAAGUGAGGGUCAUGAAACAAUUUCCAAGGAGACUGCUGCUUCAUUAGAGGCUCUGAAAGUGGCACUUGCUCAUAUUCGAGUCUGCUCCAGAUUAGAAGGGCUUCUACUGAAGAAAAAAACUCUUAAAUUCGGGGACUCUCCAGAAGUUCAUUCUCAAAAGGUUGAUAAGUUGAAACUCUUAUCUGAAUCUCUUGCUAGCUCCACCAACAAAGCUGAAAAGGAGAUCUCAGAUCACAGGUUAAAACUGCACAUUUCAAUUUCUAUGUCUCGGCAUUUUGAAAGUUGACAAAGCUGCAAAUUG